AUGCCCAAGCAACGGUUUGCUCCUAAGGCUUCCACUCUCAAGGCCUUUUCUGCUCUUGCUGUCAAAAGCUCAAAUGUCAGUAAUGAAAUUGUGGCCUUAAAGUUUGUUGAAGGAUCUAAAAAGGCGAGACGCAAGAAAAUAUUAUCUAGUGACGAAUUAGAUGAUCGAGUCGUGGAGCUUUUGAAGAUUCAAGUCUAUGAAGCUUACCAGUACAAAUGGAAAGAGUUCUUUGGAAAGCCGGGACCCCCUAACACAGUCGAUGACUUUAAGAAGACGCUUUCAACCAAGUCAUUACCCAACAAGGCGGUGUCCAACGUUCAAAUAGUGAUAGAAAAAGAGCUGGGCGACAUACAACCAAGAUGGAAUCACCAAAAGAAGCUAGCCAAGGCACAAGCAGCAGCAUCUAAAACUGGUGAAUUAAGUGUUAAUGAAUCAAGUGGAUCAAAGGAGGGGGAUCAAGCGCUGGUGAAUCUGAAGUUGACAUUGCUUGCUGAAGGCAGUAGAUCAGAAGCAGAUAUUGUUCAAGUUGGUGGUGCUGGAAUUGGUGAGACAACUAGUGGAACGAUGGUUCAUGAAACCGAAGAGCUUCGCAGUGCAUCCCGAUCUUUGAAGACCAUGAAUCAUCCUCGCUUUGAUUACAAAGUCUUGCACGAUUGUGUGCGAGAACCCUCUUUAUCCACGACGAGUACAUUCCAAUGCAACCACUAUGAACCUUCAUUUGCAAGGCGCAGACAUAGCACAGAUCAGAUAUAA